AUGAGCAGUAGUGAUAUCGAGCUGAUCGAAGCUCAGGGCCGCAUUUGGAGCUACUCCUACAGCUUCAUCAUCAACAAGUGCUUGAAAUGUGCGAUCCAGCUGGGAAUACCCGACGUCAUCCACCGUCACUCCCCGGGGCCCACCUCCCUUCCGGCCCUCGCCUCCGCCCUCCACCUCCCGCCAUCCAAGCACGACGCCCUCCGCCGCCUCAUGCGACUCCUCGUCCACGCCGCCUUCUUCAAACUCCAAGAGGCCGAGGAUCACUACUACUACUCUCUCACCCCUGCCUCCGAGCUCCUCCUCCUCCCCGACGACCGGGCGGAGGCGGAAGUAUUGAAGGCACCGCCGGUCCAUCUGUUCCUCGGGACCGACCACGGCGACGACGAGCUCGGCAUCUGGAGGUCUUUGAGCGCAUGGUUCCGGCGCAGCGACGGGGCGGCCCCGGUGGAGGCUGUCCUGGGCAUGUCCUUCUGGGAUGCAAUGGCGAGGGAGCCGAGCUUGAUGCAGACAUUCUACGGCGCCAUGUCCGGUGACUCCAAGCUGGUGGCCAGAGUGCUGGUGUCCGACUGCUGCAAAGAGCUCUUCCGAGGAGUGGGGUCGCUGGUCGAUGUCGGCGGCGGCACCGGGACCAUGGCCGCCGCGAUUGCCAGGGCCUACCCUGACAUCAACUGCACCGUGUUUGAACUGCCGCAGGUUGUUCCCGACUCUCAGGAUCAGGAGGCCAUUAUUGGUCUUCCCAACUUGCAAUUUCUCGGAGGCAAUAUGUUCCAAGAAAACAUUCCUCACGGAGACGCGCUUCUCCUCAAGUGGGUUCUUCACAAUUGGGACGACGACAACUGCGUGAAGAUCUUGAAAAAAUGCAGGGAGGCGGUACUGCCGUCGCAUGGCAGCAACGCGAAAUCAGGAAAGGUGAUCUUGAUAGACAUGGUCGUUGGGAAUAAUCAACCCAAAGGCGGAGACUUCUCACAAGUGCAACUCUGCUCCGACUUGCUGAUGAUGUGCUUAUUAAAUGGCAAAGAGCGUACAGAAACCGAACUCAACAAUCUGCUCAUGGCUGCUGGCUUCAGUGGCUACAAAAUCGUGCGCGCAAUUGGCCCAAGAUCCAUCAUCGAAGCCUAUCCAUAA